AUUCUUUAAUAAUGGAUUUUGAAAAAAUAGCUUAAGAAGUUUUUGAAUACUAGAAUUAAAUUAGAAUGGAUCCUACAAUAGGAAUAGCACCUUUAGAGGCAAGACUGAAAUAUUUCAAAGGAAAUAUCUUACAUAUGCCUGGACAAAAACCCCUUUAAUAUAAAGAAGGAGCUCCUUGUGUUUAAGAAUGUAUUGAUUUUUUAAAAGCAUAACCACCUCUUCCUCCUUUGUAAUAUGAAAAAGGAUUGGAAUUGUCAGCUAGAGACCAUGGAAUUGACUUAGGUAAUAAGAAAUUAGAUUAAAAAUAUAUUAGGUAAAAGUGGCACCACUGGUCAUACAGGAACUGAUGGAUCUAAUACUUCUAAAAGAAUUAGUAGAUAUGGAUUAUGGAAACCUGGACCCGCUGGACAAAAUAUUAGUUAUGGUAAAAUUACAGGUUAAGAAGGUAAAUUAUUAUCUAAUUUAAUCAAGUCUUAUUAUAACUUAUUGUUGAUGAUGGAAAACCUGAUAGAGGACAUAGACAUAAUGUUUUUGAAAAAGAUUAUAAAUUAGUUGGAGUAUAUGUUGGAGAACAUAUUAAAUUUAAAUACAUUACUGUUAUGGACUACUCCAAGAAGUUUACUAUGAAAGGUCAAAAAAAGUAAAAAAAACUCAAAUAGGAAUCAGAAGAAAAUGAACUUAUUGAGGAUGUUGAAAAAAUCAAUCUUGAUGAAUAAGAACCAGAAGAUAUAGAAUAAAACGUAUAAAUUAAAGAAGGAAAUUUAUAAGGUGAAGAUUGUAUUGAACUUGAUCAUAUUGAAUAAACUGAUUUUUAAUAGGAAUUAUAAUAAGAAUAACAAGAAUAACAAUAACAAUAAGAAUAAGAAAUAGAAGAAACAGAAGAAUAAUAAGAAUAAUAAGAAUAAGAUGAAUAAAAUACAGAUAAAUCUACAUCAAAUAAAAUUGUUAAACCUGCUGGAUGCAUUAAAAUUGUGAAAAAAAUUAAACAAGUUAAUUAGAAUGGAGUAAAAAUGAAAUAAAUUACCUGUAUUUUUAAAAUGAAGGAUGGAACAGAAUAAAAAUAAAUUAUAUUAGAAUGAUU